GCGGGACAUGGGGCAAACGCUGCAAACGAGCGCACACCGGGCUCUACUCUACCAAGGAAGGCGCUGGAAGAUGGCAAUAUCCACACCGAACGUCUUUGCAGUGCACUGAUGCCGUCUGAAAAGAAAGGAAAACAGGCAUGCAGCCAUAGAUGAGGCUCUCCAAAACUGCUUAGCCCAACAGAUCCACUUACUCCUUCAUGUUCUGACAUCCAUCAUGGUGUAUGGGCAGGUCCUGCACCGCCAAGGCCCCGAGGAGAGCUUCAUCAACCUCAACGUCGGCGGCUUUAAGCAGCAAGUGGAACGAAUGGUGCUCCAACGCUUCCCCCACACACGAUUGGCCAAACUUCUCUACUGCAGCUCAGAGGCUGCUAUUCUCCAGCUUUGCGACGACUAUGCAGCAUCCGAACGCGAGUAUUAUUUUGACCGAAAUCCGUGUUUUUUCCGCUAUGUGCUCAAUUUCUAUCAUACCGGAAAGAUCCACCUGAUGGAAGAGUUGUGUGUGUUUAGUUUCAGCCAGGAGUUGGAAUAUUGGGGCAUCAAGGAGCUUCACCUGGACGCUUGCUGCAGCGACAGAUUUCAAGAACAGAAAGAGUACACAGGAGAUCACGACUGGGGAAAUGACGAUGACCUGCAGAACCAACUACAGGACAGCUUAGAUUCAUCUAUGGAGGAACUGUCAGCAUUUGACAAAGACCUGGAAAAGUUUGAGGGCACCUGGUGCUCCGAGAAGCGUAAGGAACUCUGGCUGCGACUGGAAAACCCGGGAUAUUCGUGCUCCGCAAAAAUAAUGGCAGUGUUUUCACUGAGUGUGGUACUGAUGAGUAUUGUGGCCAUGUGCGUUCAUAGCAUGCCUGAGUUCCAAAGGCUGGACGUUAAUGACAAAGAAGUGGAGGACCCAGUGUUGGCUGUGUUCGAGACCUUUUGCGUCCUCUGGUUUUCUCUCGAGUUCAUCCUACGGUUAGCAGUCACACCAUGUAUGCGCAAAUUCCUAAGCAAUGUGCUAAACAUCAUCGAUUUCGCCUCUAUAGUUCCAUUUUAUGCCACGUUGGCGUUUGAAACCAUGGAUGCUGAGGAAAGCGAGGAGCUUGAGAACGUGGGAAGGGUCGUGCAAAUCCUCCGCCUCAUGCGUAUCUUUCGCAUCCUCAAACUGGCACGGCAUUCGGUCGGGCUGCGUUCGCUUGGGGCAACGCUCCGUCACAGCUACCAUGAGGUCGGACUCCUCAUCCUCUUCCUUUCCGUGGGAAUCUCCAUUUUCUCAGUGCUCAUCUAUUUUGUGGAGAGGGAGGACGAUGAGUCGGAAUUGCAGACCAUACCGGUGGGCUGGUGGUGGGCGACGAUCAGCAUGACCACGGUGGGAUACGGCGACACGUAUCCCAUCACGUUGGCUGGGAAACUCAUCGCCACCUUGUGCAUCAUUUGCGGCCUGCUUGUAGUCGCCCUUCCAAUCACUAUCAUCUUCAACAAGUUCUCCAAGUACUACCAGAGACAGAAAGCCCUGGUGGACUCUGAGCAGCUUCAACCAGAGGACGAAAAACUGCCAAAUCUCAGCAUGCCUUUUCUUUACAUAGGAGACCUCUACGGACAAAAGAUGACUUCUCUGGUGCGUAGCACGUCCUCCAAGAGUAGUGCGGGGAGUGAGGGAGGCGUCACUGAUGCUUCCAGCAUUCAGGAUGUUGAAAUUGUCUGCCCUACUGGGAUGCCACAGGCUGACAAAGCAACAUAAAUCUGGGUUCUUCAAAUCUGGUCUUGGACGGCCACUGCUUUGCAGAGUUUAGCUCAAACCAGUGAUCUUGAAGACCUUGGUGAGAUGUGUUUGUUUAUGGUUGGAGCUAAACUAUGCAGGGCAUUGGCCCUCCAGAGCAAUAUUUGAGGAACCCUGAUACAAAUGAUUAUAUGCACAACCUCAAAUGAAUAGAGCGUGAAGAAACAAAAAUAAACUUCCUUGCUUAGAUCUGCAGCACACGUUGAUGAAACACAACAGAACCCUAAGACUCAAGGCUCUUUCUUACCGAGCUACUCCUGGACCUUCAGUCAAAAGCACUAUUUCUCUUUAGUUCUCAGGGUGAAAAUAUCUCAAGCUUUCCAUUAUUUACAGAACCUGUUAUGGACACUAAUCUAUACAACAGGCUAGCAGUAACACUAAUGGUCUAUACCCAAUUAACAGCACUGAUUGACAGGUGUUUUUUUUUAUUCUUCCGACAAGCUGUUCAUUUAAUUACAAGCCUUUCUGCAGUGCCUGUGGGAAAAGGACUAUGCUUAAAUGUUUUAUAGGCAAUGACAGCAUCUAAAAUGCUGGACUUCAGAUGGCAUGUUGGUAUAUACCAUCCUUCCUAAUGUGUCCACCAGAGACGGAAGGAUGGAAAGAGUGCAUGCAUAUUUCAACAGGAGAGAGGAGAGGCCACAAGAGAGAGGGGAGAAGAAAGCAGGAAAGUGAUGUUACAGUUGAAUAAAGUGUUUAUAUACAGUAGAUUUAAGUUUCUGCUCUUUGUUCUGAAAUCACUGCAUGGGUCUGCAGAGAGAUGG